AUGCAAUUGUAUUUAAAUGGGAAAAAACAAAUUUGUAUUCGUAUGAACAACAAUGCCCAUAAUGUAUUUAAAAGAUAUGUUGCAUCACAACCUUUAGGAAUAAAUAUUCCAGAACCCCCUCCAAGAGAAUUUUUACCAAAUGGCGAACCAAAGAAAUAUCGAUUGAAUCAAAGGUAUUAUAACCAUAAAUAUGAUUGGGAAAGGUGGUCAUUAAGACCAGCAGGCGUUUUCCAUACUUAUUUGCAUGGUGAAUUUGCAAAGGACCAUAAGCCACUUAUGGCAUGGCUAUUACAAUUUCCAUUGCCAUUAGCUUUUAUUCCAUACUUUUUAUUUGCUUUUGGUUUAUCCUUUACAUUUCAUCAUGUAUCAUAUCUCGGAAUAAAGCCAAAGAGAUUUACAGUAGAAUGGGUAGAAGCUAACAAAGAGAGAGAGCGAGCUGAAAACACAAAUCCUGUUACACGAUACCUUGAUAGAAGAAGAAAAGAAAGAGGUCCACAUUGGAUUCUUGAAGAUUAUUUGCCUGCACACCCAUGUUAUUUACAUAUGAGCCAAUAUCAUCAUGAUACUGAACUCCUUCGAAAGAGAGAAGAAGAAGCCGCAGAAAAGGAAGACAGUAGUGAUGAUUAA